AUGACGCCAGCACAAGCUAAUAAGGACGAGGACAGCGAUUUUGAUCUGCCUCCACUCUGGAUUGAUUUGGAAGUUCCGGAAUCGGAUAUCGAUUCUUCAAAUUCUGAUUAUGAAUUGGACGAUGGGCGAUAUUCGGAUCAUGAAAGUAGCUCAUUUGAAGAACCUCUCGUUUGUGAACCGGUGGCGGAAGGAGGAUCGGACAGUCCUACUCCCAACGAGGUCGCGUAUGCCAUACGGCAGCGAAGACGGCCGUCUCCACCGUGGCCGGAAGUGACUCCGUUCGAUUUCAGCGUCGAUGGCUUUAGCGAAUGGGAGCGUGAAGAGGCUUCACGUUACACAUUAAUUGAUGUUUUUGGAGUUUUUGAGCAAUAA